AUGUACAUUACAAUGCAACUAUCUAAAAUCUUCAGAUAUCCGUGGUUUUUAUACAGUAUCCUUGUGUCGUGUUAUGGCAGCCUUAAAACGGGCUUCUCUCUACUUCAGCGUGGGCACAGACUGGACGGGAAAGUAAUCCAAUCCUACGCAGAAAUCAGUUUCCUGGACUGUGUGACUGAAUGCCUGGUUACACCGCGGUGUAAAUCUGUCAACUAUCUCAAAGGGGCCAAUUUCUGUGAAAGCAAUUAUGAAAAUAAGACGACAGCAGAGACAAGGUACAUGGAGAGUGAUGGUUGGGUAUACAGUGAAAAGGAGCACUGGCCAAAGGAUCUGGCUGGAGCUUGUUCAAACUCAACCUGUCAAAUCAGCGAGAAAUGUAGACACAAGAAAUAUUCUGAAGAUAAAUUCUUUGAAUGUGUUUUGUCAGAUUGUGGAAUACCCGAUAAAAAAGGAAUAGAUUUGAGUAAAGCAAAACGUGAGGACGCCAUUGGUAUACACAGGAGGAUACACGCCUCGUGUUCUGACGGAUACGCCCAGUCUGGUUCGGGGCGACUGAUCUGUCAGUCAAACGGAGAGUGGAAAUACGACAUUGUCUGUAAAGAAGCUGCUUCCAACCUUGCAUUGAAAAAACCUGCAACACAAUCAUCAACGUUUACAUGGCCAGAAAAUAGAAUAAACUAUUCAGCCAAUUUGGCAGUCGAUGGCAACAACGGUACAGACUUUGUCGUAGACAAGUGUUCAUGCACAGAGGAUGGAGACACAAACCCGUGGUGGUCGGUGGAUCUGCAGGCUAUUUAUACCAUUAAAUCUGUCAGAAUAUUCAAUAGAGGAAUGGACGAGUGGGGAGUAGAUGUGUCCGACAGGCUGCGGAAUGUCACCGUCAUUGUAGGGCUGACAGUGUCUGAUAUCAACACUCCCUGUGGUUUCUUUGCUGGUCCCGGUACUCUGUCACAGCUGGUCGUCAUCGACUGUCCGACAUUACCACAGGGGAGAUUCGUAAAGAUCUCCAUAAUCACUGAGUAUCUCACUCUAUGUGAAGUUGAAGUGUUUGGAUACUCUGUCUAAUUAUUUUUGCUGAUAUCUUUUAUCUGAAUCAUUCUCUUUCCUACCAAUCAAUUUCUAGUAUAUAGAUGUUCAGGCGAGGUUAAUGUUUAGUUUUGUGACAAAACUCUUUAUUUAAUGAUUGCUUUGUUUAAUUAUAAGACUGCGUGCAGUUGAUAUAAAAUGUAAAGCUUUUUAUAAACUAUUAUCGGGAUAUUUGAUUCAAUAUUUCAUAAUUAACUUGAAUAAUAAUUAAACAGUAUGUGUUAAGUUUUAAUUUGUUGCUGUCUUGUUUGGGGUCAA